AUGCAGCAGAAGCAGCCGAUCGAGGACCGGAUCCACAGCUUCACGGACGCGCUGAUGGCGGAGAUCCGCAAGCACAAGGCGUGGAAGAACGUCGGGGAGGCGGGGCUGAAGAACACGCGCGACUGCGUCGAGAAGGUGAUCGUGGAGAAGCUGCGCGAUCUGACGCUCGGCGUCGUGCGGUCGGGACUCGCGAAGGAGGACGAGGAGCUCGAGAAGAAGAUGCAGGACCUCCAGUUCCUCACCGCCGACAAUCUCGAGGUCGCGGAGGUGUGCAAGCAGAACCCGGAGACCAUGGAGACCGUCACCAAACAGCUCCAGAAGAUCCAGAAUGUCGCUUCGCCCGCCGAAAAGCUGGAUUGCAUUAUUGAGGCGUGCAGAACUCUGGGAGCCCUGCUGCAGAGCGGAGCCAAGGGCGGGCGAGAUGCCGGAGCGGAUGACUUCCUGCCGGCGUUUAUUUUCAUUGUUUUGAAGUCUGGGAUCCCCAAACUGCCGUCUACUGUCGAGUAUAUCUCGCGGUUCAGACAUCCGGACGAAUUGCUGUCGGAGGGAGGCUAUUGUCUGACGAAUCUGAGUGGGGCCGUGUCCUUCCUACAGAACUGCGGAGGUUGCGACUUCAAUAUUGAUCCUGAUGAAUUUGAACGUGAGUUCCACAAAGCAGAUCCUCCACCAGUCCAAGAAGAAGAAGAGGAAGAUUUACUUUGCUUCUAG